AUGCCUCGGCGGCCUGGUCGCCCGCGAAUGAGCGAAACUGCCCAAGGCGAAGUAAAUACUGAAGCUAGGAGAGCUCGGAUGAGAUUGGCUCAGAGAUCAUACCGGAAUCGGAAACAGAACGCACUUGUCAUAGCAAAGACUCGAGCUGAAGUUUUUGAAAGGGCCUUGGAUAGCUCCAUUGAUGAGUUCAUACAGUUUUAUGAAGGAGUGUCCAAAAAGAAAAGCGAAUUGCCGGAUGGGUUCUUCAUGGAACUCAAUAAGACAGCCAUGAAUAUUGUGUCUAUAGCAAGGAAGGCUCGCACGGAGCAUUCCACGUCGGCCAGCGAUGAAAGUCGUAUAAUAGCCGAAUGGUUCAGUGCACCUGGAAGGGACGUGGCUGGAGCAAACCGGUACUCAAGACACAAUGAACCUACAGCUGGUAGUAGCAGUCUAGUUCCAGUCUCACAACGGCUGCUACUAGCUUGUUUGGCACGAGCCAUGGAUUUACUGCAGUUUGGAAAUCUCCAUGUCCUGGCACUAAAUCCGACGAUGCUUCUUCCGCUCAAGUUUGAUCGAGUCGAAGAUCUGCUGGAAAGAACCUCCCAACGGCUGUCUGGCAACCCUAAUGCUUCUCUCGCAGAUUGUCUCUAUAGCGAAGGCCGAAAUGCAUAUCUGCCCAAGAUGAUGCGCCUUGUCGAGGGAAACUUGAGCACUCUCCAGCCAAGGUCAUCACCACCAGCCUUGGAGCGCCUGGAAUUUGGCCUGACCAGAACAAUGCUACAUGCAAUCAAUCCUGAAUUCCAAGGAGAGUGGCUGGAAGCGCCAGAUGUUGAAGAAUACCUUGAGCAACGAGGAAUAUUUGUCCGUAUGGGCUCACCCAGCGAUGUGAUUAGGCUAUCAGCGCCACCAAGUAACGAACCAAGUUCAGCAGGGCGUGCUUCAAUCCCAGAACAUGACUGGACGAUAUUUGGGAGGACAUCUGGAGAGAGUCAAGUUAUCCCUAUAGGUUUCAGUGAUUUCGCAAAGCCAGAAGGAUAUUUGGGAGUAGAUUUUACUUCCAACAAAACAGCAACUGGUCCAGAAGAACAUCAGGAUCUGAGGAUAACUGUUGACCUUGAUAAGCUAAUCCGGGGGCUGGCAGAGAAAGCAAUUUGCCUUGGCCCAUGCCCUGGAAUCAGGAGGGUACACGUCGAUGAAGCGAUCCGCGCAUCAGUCACUACACUUCGGCAACCAGUCAAAUAA